GAGAGAGGGAAACACACACACACCCUCUACUCACCAGCGGAUAGACUACUAUACUCUACACAUGGUUGAAGAAACAAGAGUAACACAGUGGAGAUAGAAAAAGAGGAAGAAAAGGAGGAAUCUCAGCUCAUGGUGGAAUCUACAGAUUUACCUGGACUCUUGAGGAUCUACAUGACCUGCAGUUCUUUCUUUUAUAAAAGAGGCAUAGGAGCUGCAGUUCUUGGACUUGUAGAGACCCAUUGCAUGAUAGAAUAUGAAGGAUGUGAACAGUGUCAUCCCCCAGUGAUGCCAGUGAUGAGUUCAAAUAAGAUGUUAAGAGUUCUUUUGCCUUCCACUGAAUUUCACCUCAGCAGGUACAUUCUGCAAAACCAUGGGAAAUAUAGAGAGCCAGAAUGGAGACCACAGCUUAUACUUUGAAACUGAAAACCAUCUAUCACACAAGCACAUGUCACACUCCCUGCGGAUCUCCAAUAAGCAUUCACGGCGCCCACACAACAUUUCGUCUGGUAUAACGGAGCACCAUGGUUCAGAAGCCAGCACCAGAUCAAGCAGCACUCCUAGCAUCCCUCAGUCACUGAGCGAAAAUGGCUUGGAGCCCUUUAAUGAGACAGAUGCACUGAGCGGACACGUUUGGGUGGAGCCGGUUGGCGUAAACCUGAGGCCGAUAUCAUUUCAUGACCAGACUGGCAAACAGAGUACCACACCAGGAUCUGAAGAUGGAGGGGAAACAGUAGUGGAUGAUGGACAAGAUGAUAAUGGCCUCGUUGAGACAGAAAAUAGACACAUGGAGAAAGUAAAUGAUCGACCUGGUGAAGGCGGAAGCUUAAAGAACAAGAAGCGCUCCAAAUCGGCGGACAUGUGGCGGGAAGACUCGCUUGAGUUCUCACUGUCGGACCUCAGCCAGGAACAGUUGACUAGCACAGAGGAGAUUGUUCACAACACUGAGCCUGAAAAUGAAAAAUUAAACAGAGGACACGAGGGACACACUGGUGAGAGGACUAAUUCUUUAGAUGAGCUGUGCACCCAGAAAACAUCCACAAACCGGGGCUCUAGGAAUCGCUACAAAUACAGGCGAGAAAGCAAAAGGUCACCAGUAGGGAAGAUAACCAAUAGUAUGCUGUCACCAGGGGAGGAAGAAGGCAGUGGAUAUGGAGCAUACACAUUGCCCUGCAGACGCUCUCAUUGCCUUUCUGAAAGGCCUCCCAAUCAACAGGGGGCACUGUGCUCCAGCAUGCAAGGACGUCGUGCCCAGACUUCGCACGACAUCACAGCAGGAGAGGACAGUGAAUAUGGAGACAGUGGCAUUGAUGGUGUGACUGUUGAUGCUAAACCCCAGUCACGUCGCUGCAAGGCCAUGUCAGCGUCUUUCUCUGUGUACUCUGCAGCCAGUGCUAGAAGCAGUAGUGGUAGCAGCAGUGGAGGAGGAGGGGACCGUGAACGAAGGCUGGGUGAAGGUCAAGGAGUGUAUGAGAACUUUCGGCAGGAGCUUGAGUUAAACUCACGACAGACAUUUGAAAGCCUUGAGGAGGCAGGCUCAGCUGUCAGUGAUGAAAGAAGCAGUGGCACAGCAAGUUCGGCCUUCUUGUCGGAGGCACUGUUUCUUGAGACAACGCAGGGUACUGUACGCAAGGCAGGUGCACUGGCUGUAAAGAACUUCUUGGUGCAUAAGAAGAAUAAGAAGGUGGAGCCGGCAACCAAGCGGAAGUGGAAGCACUACUGGGUAUCAUUGAAAGGAUGCACACUGUUUCUUUAUGAGACUGAUGGACGCUCAGGAAUUGACCACAACAGCAUUCCCAAACAUGCAGUGUGGGCUGAAAACAGCAUUGUCCAGGCGGUUCCUGAACACCCCAAAAAGGACUUUGUUUUCUGCUUAAGUAACUCAUUAGGUGAUGCCUUUCUCUUCCAGACGUCAGGCCAGACAGAGCUGGAGAACUGGAUCACGGCAAUCCACUCGGCAUGUGCCACGGCAGUGGCCCGGCAGCACCACCGCGAGGACACGGUGCGCUUCCUGCGUGCUGAGAUUAAGAAGCUGGAGCAGAAGAUUGAUAUGGACGAGAAGAUGAAGAAGAUGGGAGACAUGCAGCUCUCGGCUGUCACUGACAGUAAAAAGAGAAAGGCCAUUCUGGAACAGAUCUUCCUAUGGGAGCAGAACCUCGAGCAAUUUCACGUGGAUCUGUUUCGUUUUCGCUGUUACUUAUCCAGCCUGCAGGGCGGCGAGCUUCCCAAUCCAAAGCGCCUACUGGCUUUUGCCUCGCGGCCUACAAAGCUGGCUAUGGGCCGCCUGGGCAUCUUUUCUGUCUCUUCGUUCCAUGCCCUGGUUGCAGCACGGACAGAAAGCGGUGUUAGGAGACGGACGCAUGCUUUGUCCCGCUCCUCGAGUAAACGCAAGAGCCGUUUCUCCUCACUGUGGGGUCUUGACACUACCUCAAAGAAGAAAAGCAAAAGCAGACCCAGUAUUAGCCAGGUGUUUGUGGAUGGAGAGGAACCUGUGAAGAAAAGUCUGGACGAAAUGUUUGGAGAUCCAUCCAAGGAAAUAUUGGAUCAGACUGGGUCCAUGAGGAGCCUUCCUCAGCAAGCUGUAGACAGUGACGUUUGGGUUACUGAAUACCUCACACCAUCCUGGGUCAUUUUGCCCAACGAUCAGCCUGUUCUGGCAAUUAUACAGCCAGGAGAGACAACCCUGGAAGCCCUGGAAUCAUUGUGCAAGGCCCACAGUCUGGAUCGGGCCAAGCACUAUCUCCGGCUGAAGUUUCUCAUUGACAAUCAAGUGCAAUUUUAUGUCCCUAAGCCUGAAGAGGAACUCUGGGACCUGCUCUACAAAGAGAUUGAAGUUUGUAGCAAAACUACCAAAGUUAUCCAGUUUGACAGAAAUGAAUCCUGUGCCAUUGGCUAUGGGUUUUCUGUAGUUGUGGUGGAUGAGGAUGGUACACAGCAGCUACAUAUUACAAAUGUAAAGGCAUCAGGCAUGGCUUUCACUAAAGGUCUGAGAGCUGGUGAUGAGAUCCUGCAGCUGAAUGAGAAACAGGCGAGUGUGUUGGAGCUGUCGGACCUAAGUGCUGCAUUUGCCCACCCUUCUCUCAUGCUCACCAUCAGUGCCGUGCCCUCAUCUGAGCCAUGCCAGCGAUGUCUGCUGCUUCCCCGCCGCUCAGAUACACCUCACAAUCUCUGCACGGACAUCUUCUCUCAGAGCCAAGGCUCUGAUCUCCAACUCCCUCUAGAGGACAUCCUGGAUGAGGCAUCUAUAAUUGUUCUUGAGAGCCCAGACACUGAAGAAGUGGAAGAAGGUGUGCUCUUACCUGUUGAGGAUGCAGUAGAUGGCACAGAGGCUGAUCUUGAAACUGUCUCUGAACACAAGAGCACAGAGCAAAUGACUGCAUUCUGCCGCAGCCUUCAUGACAUGAAUUCUCCAGAGCCUGUUGCAUACUCGCCCUCAUCCUCCUCCUCCUCAUGUGCUCCCAGCCCUGUCUCUCCGGUACCUGUUCCUUCCACACUGCGUCAGCUCUCCGAUGCUGACAAAUUGCGCAAGGUUAUAAGUGAGCUGGUGGACACAGAGCGCACCUAUGUGAAGGACCUACAUUUUGUGAUCGAGAGAUACCGGACUCCUCUGCAGAAGGAACAUUUUCUGUCACAGGAUGAGUUGGAUGUGCUUUUUGGGAACUUGCCAGAGAUGGUUGAGUUUCAAGUGGAGUUUCUCAAGACUCUGGAAGAUGGAACACGAUUGGUUCCAGACUUAGACAAGCUUGAGAGAGUGGAUCAGUUCAAGAAAGUGCUGUUCUCUCUUGGUGGCUCAUUCCUCUACUAUGCAGACCGCUUCAAAAUUUACAGUGCUUUUUGUGCCAGUCAUACAAAAGUCCCAAAAGUCCUCACCAAAGCUAAAACAGACCCUGAGUUUAAAGCAUUCCUUGCCAAGAGAAACCCAAGGCAGCAACACUCAUCCACUCUGGAGUCCUACCUGAUCAAGCCAAUCCAGAGGGUACUGAAAUACCCUCUGCUGCUCAGAGAGCUCUACUGUCUCACGGACCCUGAUAGUGAGGAGCACUACCAUCUCAAUGUUGCUAUGAACGCAAUGAAUAAAGUAGCCAGUCACAUCAAUGAAAUGCAGAAGAUCCAUGAGGAGUACGGAGCUGUUUUUGACCAGCUCAUCAGUGAGCAGAGUACCGACAAGAAAGAGGUGGCUGAUUUAUCUAUGGGUGACCUGCUACUGCAUGCUACUGUGGUUUGGAUUAAUCCUCCAUCUUCCCUUAUGAAGGGAAAGAAAGACCCAGAGCUUGCUGCCUUUGUUUUCAAGACGGCCAUAGUUUUUGUGUACAAAGAUUGCUCCAAGCAAAAGAAGAAAAUUGGAACGUCUCACAAAGGCUUUGUUUCUGAUGAGAGAGACCCAUUUCGAUUCAGGCAUAUGAUUCCUUCAGAUGCCCUCCAAGUCCGCAAUACUACCAAUUCAGAUGGAACAGCAGUAUGUGAGAUAGUUCACAUAAGAUCUGAGUCUGAAGGAAGGCCAGAGAGGACUUUUCAUCUGUGUUGUAGUUCCUCUGAGAGUAAAAGGGACUUCCUGAAAACAGUGCACUCUGUCUUAAGGGACAAACAGCGUCGGCAGCUGUUAAAGACAGAGAGUUUGCCUCAUAGUCAGCAGUAUAUUCCAUUUGGAGGAAAACGCUUUUUCGCACUGAAAGGAGUCAGGCCCAUAAACAGAGCAGUUUCAGCUCCACCUGGAAACCUGGGCCGAAAAAGACUUGUACGCAAUCGCUUCACCAUCAACACCGACAUUGUCUUUGACAACUGCACCAGUCAAGACUCCACAGUUUUUCCUCAGAGAGAUCAUGUGUCUCCAUCCCAGAAUAAUCAUAGGACGGAUGGAGACACCGACCACUGGGUAGAAGAGCAGUUUGACUUGCAGCUGUAUGACAGACAGACAGACGUAAAGGAGACAGACAUCCUCAGCGAUGAUGACGAAUACUGCGAGUCUGUCAAAGGUUCUUCUGCUGAGCCUAGCCUGGAAGAGUCUUUCGAAGCUCUUAUAGCCGAAGUAGAGGAGGAACAAAAGAACGAGGACAAGAAGGACAAAGACAUAGCUCCCAGCAAAGGUUCAGAAAACAAGCUGCCGGAAAAGUCCCUUGGCCAUCUAAGGUUGACUCCGCUACGUAAGCAGUGUGCUGUAGAAGACAAUGUGCCUCAGAGGGAGGUGGAGGUUAUCUGGGUUCGCAGAGACGAUUUUAACGGUGGCUGCGGCACUGAUAUCUUCUGAAGUCGAUUUUACAAGUCCUUUGUCUUUACUGUCAGACAAAAUGUCAAAGGAAAUGGUUGCUGGUGUAAAUACAUUCGACAGCUGCUUAAAUAAGCAAUAUGGGUCAACAUCAUAAAACCCAAGUCCCUGCACAUCUUUGGAUGAAGUUACACGAUAUCUGAACUCUUCAUUUCUUAAGCAGUUUAUUGGGACUGGAUGGGAUGACUUAAGAUGCUGAAAAACAUCUGAAUGGGAUCACACAGUAAUUGGGGACAGCCAUAUGUUUCCAAACCGUAAACACACUGACAUGCUGCAUGAUGUGCACUCAUAUCCUGUAGGCAGCUACACUUCCUUUUCAAACCUAGUUGCCAAAAUAAUUAUUUUUGUAAAACCGCUAGGAUCGUGGGUCAGUCCUGUUUUCAUAGCUUAUGACCGCUGUUCUUUACUCAAGGGCUGUGUGUGUGUUAGUGAUGUCCAGAACCCCAUGGCUAAACUCAAGCCUCAUCUUACUCAACAGCACCAUGCAGAUCACAUUGUCCAGAGCACAAAAGCAUAUCAUUGCUAUUAUGAUCCUCUGAAAGCCACCGUUUACGAUUUCUCAGCGACAUCCUUGAUCUUUCUUUUUCUUUUGAUUUUACAGCAUGCCCUCCAGUCCAGUAUUACCCAGCCCUAACCACUUAAAGGGAUAUUUUAAAUUAUUAUUAUGGAUCCUGCUGUACUUGAAUUUUCUAUCACAGUUGUUUUGGGAAGGUGUAAAGCCUUGACCUUUUAGCCCUGCACACUGCAAUGACCUGAGUGCUUUUGGUUUCAAGUACCAAACUAGUCACAAUUUAUCUUUAUAAAGGUAUACUACUGAAUUACACACCCACGUAAAGUCGUCACUGACACACUAUUUGAUAUGACAUCACCAAUCUCACUUGAUAUCAUGAACUACACUUGAACAGUUCGAAAGGCAGUGAAUUAGAAUUAAAUCAGGUGACAUAUAAGGUUUUGAUGAAUUCGGACGUUUUGUUGUGUUUUGCACAACGAUUGUUUUGAUCAUGGUGGACAGAGCGUAUUUCUGAAAGAGAAGUUAUAUUUUUUAAAUGUAUGUGAAAUGAUGUAAAAUGCAAUCACUUCCUGUAUAUGUGCUUUUGAAAACUUUUGGCUGAGAUGCAUUGUAAAAAAAAAAACUGUAAAUAUUCUUCAACUUUUACAUUGUGCAUUUUUGAAAAUGUACGCUCACAGUUUCGUGAACUAUUAUUAUUGCGCUUCUUAAAUAAAAGUUCUUUAUUUAUAUCGCCAUUUUAACAUGGA